AUGGAAGAAGAGCUGCCUGCACCUACUGAUGAAAAUGUUGAUGAGAGAUACCAUUUUACGUCUCUUAUUCUAAACUUGGUUAACACAUUUUUGUAUAUGGUCAAUACAUAUAUCAUUGUCCCUACAGCUGAUGAUUACUCUAUGCACCUUGGGGCUGCACCAACGGUCUGUGGUAUUGUGAUCGGCGCAAUGGCCGUGGCUCAGCUGUUUUCCUCUGUAUAUUUCAGUGCAUGGUCAAAUAAAUCAUACUUCAGACCUCUUGUAUUCAGUAGCAUAAUUCUUUUUCUCGGGAAUACCAUGUAUGCCUUAGCGUACGAUUUUAAUUCAAUAUGGAUUCUCCUAAUUGGCCGUCUUUGCUGUGGAUUUGGUUCUGCCAGAGCCGUAAACCGACGCUACAUCAGUGAUUGUGUGCCUUUGAAAAUCCGCAUACAAGCAUCGGCAGGUUUUGUUAGUGCCAGCGCUCUUGGAAUGGCCUGUGGUCCUGCAUUAGCUGGCUUACUGCAGACGAAUUUUAAGAUUUACAAUGUUACAUUUAAUCAAGAUACUUUGCCAGGGUGGGUUAUGACUAUUGCUUGGCUUAUUUAUUCAAUAUGGCUGUGGAUCUCUUUUGUGGAACCUUCUCGUGAAUUUGAAGAGGACCGUAAAACAGAUAAAUCUCAGAAAUCUAAUGCUGAAGACAGUGAUGCACUUGAAAAGGGGCUACAGCAACCAUUGCUGAUUACUUCGGAAGAUAAGGUAGAUGAAGAUGCUGAUCAGGAUAAUGAUGAUAGCGAGGAAGCUCCAGAGGAAUCUCGUCAGCCAGCCACUUCAAUUGGAUCGGCAUAUAGACUCCUUACACCUUCUGUAAAGGUUCAAUUAUUGAUAUAUUUCAUGCUCAAAUAUGUGAUGGAGAUUUUACUAGCAGAAUCUAGUGUCAUCACAACAUACUACUUUAAGUGGUCAACUGGCACAGUUGCCAUUUUUCUUGCUGGCCUUGGUUUGACAGUUCUUCCUAUAAACAUUAUUGUUGGAAGCUAUGUAAGCAACUGGUUUGACGACAGGCAAAUUCUGUUGGCAUCAGAAAUCAUGGUUUUAAUUGGCAUAGUCUCGGCCUUUCAUGUAAUCAUUCCAUACUCUGAGCUGCAGUACAUCUGUUCAGGUCUUCUCAUGUUUGUUUCUGCUGAAGUACUUGAAGGUAACAUUUUACUAGUAAUUUUCUUUUCUAUUUUGGUAACUGCCGAAAUUGAAAAAGAAAAUUCCGAUUUUAUAAUUGCAAGUGAUAUAUUUGGGCAUCAACAAGAUAACGGAUGGGCAUGUGGAUAUUAUGUCAUGAAAAAUAUGUUUGACAUUAUUGAUGCUUGUAUUGUUGAAAGAUUCAAUGAGAUAUUCACAGACACCUCAUCAUAUGAAAAAGAGUCAAUUGAUCACAUCCGACAACUUUGGGCUCAAUUCUUUUUGCAAAAGGUUGAAGAGCAAGAGAACCAGGAAAAGAAAGAUUUAAUGACAAAACAGAAGCGAUUAAAAAAAACUUAUAUAUAG